AUGAAGUUAUUGGCAGUGACUGUGUUGGCCCUAGCAGUGGCCGCCUCCGCGAGGCACAUCACACUUGAAGAUGUCAUCGAAUUAGAAAAUAACACUCCGUACGAUUACAUCAAGAGGAUCGCCAUACCAUAUGCUGAUAAAGUCCGAAUAGCUGAGGAAGAAGGCAGCCAGAAUCCAUCUAGAAUCGUUGGUGGUUCAUUAGCUGUUCUUGGACAGUUCCCGUACCAGGCCGGCUUAGUAUUAAAUUUCCCUGCUAUAUCUGCUGUCGCCAGUGCAUCUCUAAUCUCCAACAACAGAAUACUAACUGCUGCACACAACUUGAAUGAUGGUGUAUCGAGUGUCUCGAGUGUGACUGUUGUCCUUGGAUCUACAACUCUAAUGUCUGGUGGUGUAAGACAAACUACCAGUAACUACGUUUUACACGAAAAUUAUGACAUUUCCGUAGUAAGAAGUGACAUUGCUAUCAUCAACUUGCCAUCUCCUGUCCAAUUCUCAAAUAUCGUGGCUCCCAUCGCUCUGCCUUCUGGAUCUCUGCUCCAAGAAGAUUUUGUUGGUGAAGUUGCAAUUGCCUCUGGUUUUGGAAUGAAUCCUGCAAUUGGUGGUGUGCUUGCAAACCAGCCAUUUAGCUAUGUGGACUUGCCUAUAAUUACGAACAAUGAAUGCGCCGCAUCUUAUGGAUCAGUAAUUCAGCCUGGAAUUAUCUGCACGGGUAGUGUUGUUGGCAAGAACAUUUGCAGUGGUGACUCUGGCGGUCCUCUUGCUUUACAGAGAAGCGGUAACCCAUUGUUGAUUGCUGAAGAGGAAGGCAGACAAAAUCCAUCCAGAAUUGUCGGUGGUUCGUUAGCUGCUCUUGGACAAUUUCCCUAUCAGGCCGGUUUAUUAUUACACCAACCUUAUGGUAAUGGUAUCGCCAGUGCAUCACUAAUCUCCAAUAACAGAAUACUGACUGCUGCACACAACUUGAAUGAUGGUGUAGCAAAUGUUCCGAGUGUGACUGUUGUCCUUGGAUCUACCACUCUAAUGUCAGGUGGUGUAAGAAUAAUUAGUAGCGACUAUAUUUUGCACGAAAACUAUGACAUUUCCAUAUUCAGAAGUGACAUUGCUAUCAUCAACUUACCAUCUCCAGUUCAAUUCUCAAGCAUCCUCGCUCCCAUCGCCCUGCCUUCUGGAUCUCAGAUCGAAGAGGAUUUUACUGGUGACGUUGCUAUUGCCUCUGGUUUUGGCAAUAAUCCUGGAAGUAAGGAACUUUUAUAUUAUAAUAAUAUUUUGAUGAGUCUCUCAAAUAUUGAAAUUGUAAACCAAAUUCUUUAUUUGUUACAUAGUUGGUGGCCUGUGAUCUCCAACGAUGAAUGCGCUUCAGCUUUUGGGUCAAUUGUUCUACCGGGAAUUAUUUGCACAGGCAGUGUUGUUGGCAAAAAUAUUUGCACUGGUGACUCUGGUGGUCCUCUUGCUGUACAGAGAAAUGGAAACCCGCUCUUGAUCGGCGUUGUUUCGUUCGGACGUGGUGGAUGCGAUGGUGGUUCUCCUUCUGGAUAUGCUAGAGUUUCUCACUACAUUGACUGGAUUAAUGAACGUCUGUAA